GAGACGCGCAUCCAGUUUAUACCCGCCCCGCGGACCCCGAUGGCUUUGGGGCGUUCGCAGCGAUGAGCUUUACCUCCGCAAGCUCACUUCUCUUCCUCCUCCUCCUCGUCCUGCUUCCUUUCGUCGCCGGCGGCCGCCAGCAUGACCUCGCCAGAGUGCAGCCGCUCUCCCGGGUCGCCAUCCACAGGACCCGUCUCUCCCUCGAAGACCAGGCCUUCGUCAGGGCCUCGCCGCCACUCCUUGGCCUCAAGGGCGAAGACACUGAAUGGGUGAUAGUGGAGCUUGGAAGCCCCAACCCAACACCGGACGACUGGAUCGGAGUGUUCUCUCCUGCCAACUUUAACGCAUCCACCUGCUCCGUUGAGAACCCUGAGGAUCAAGUUCCACUCAUUUGUACCUCUCCAAUAAAGUAUCAAUUUGUUAAUUAUUCAAACCCGAGCUAUGCGACCACUGGGAGUGGUACGUUGAGGUUUCAGUUGAUCAAUCAGCGGGCUGACUUCUCGUUUGCGUUGUUCAGUGGGGGUUUAGAAAAUCCGAAGUUAAUUGCAGUGUCGAAUGUGAUCACUUUUGCAAAUCCGAAGGCUCCAGUGUACCCGAGGCUUGCACAAGGAAAAUUGUGGAAUGAAAUGACUGUUACAUGGACAAGCGGAUAUGACAUUAAUGAAGCAAUUACUUUUGUUGAAUGGGGACCAAAAUGGGGACCCAUAACACGGUCACCAGCUGGAACACUGACGUUCAAUCGCGGAACCUUGUGUGGCUCACCAGCUCGCACAUUUGGGUGGAGAGAUCCCGGUUAUAUUCACACAAGCUUUCUAAAGGAAUUAUGGCCAAAUGCAGAGUACACUUACAAGCUUGGUCAUCAGUUGUUCAACGGUUCCUACAUUUGGAGCAAGUCUUUUUCAUUCCGGGCAUCUCCUUUUCCCGGACAAAAUUCUGUGCAACAAAUCAUAAUUUUUGGUGACAUGGGGAAGGCGGAGCGCGAUGGGUCCAAUGAGUACAGUAUUUAUCAGCCUGGUUCACUGAACACUACGGAUAUGAUUGUCAAAGACUUGGACAAUGUCGACAUUGUCUUCCAUAUAGGAGACAUCACCUAUGCAAAUGGAUAUAUAUCACAGUGGGAUCAGUUUACUGCACAAGUGGAGCCAAUUAGUUCAAGGGUCCCCUAUAUGCUUGCAAGCGGAAAUCAUGAACGAGAUUGGCCAAAUACGGGAUCUUUCUAUAACACUAUAGACUCCGGAGGAGAAUGCGGUGUGCUAGCUGAAACCAUGUUCUAUGUGCCAGCUGAAAACCGAGCCAACUAUUGGUAUUCUACUGACUUCGGUAUGUUCCAUUUCUGCAUAGCAGACACUGAGCAUGACUGGAGAGAGGGCUCCGAACAAUAUGCAUUUAUCGAAGAUUGCCUGGCAUCAGUUGACAGGAAGAAACAACCAUGGUUGAUAUUUGCUGCCCAUCGUGUUCUCGGUUACUCUUCCGGCAUGAAUUAUGUUUUGGAGGGAUCAUUCGAAGAGCCAAUGGGAAGGGAGAGCCUUCAGAAGCUCUGGCAGAAGUAUCGGGUGGAUAUCGCCUUCUAUGGCCAUGUUCACAACUAUGAGAGAACUUGCCCGAUUUAUCAGAACCAAUGUGUGAACAAUGAAGCAUCUCAUUACUCUGGCACGAUGAACGGAACCAUCCAUGUUGUUGCCGGUGGAGGUGGGAGCCAUUUGUCAAACUUCUCCGACGUUGUACCAAGAUGGAGUCUUUAUCGAGAUGUAAACUUCGGCUUCGUUAAGCUUACUGCCUUUAACCAUUCUUCACUUCUUUUCGAGUACAAGAGGAGCAGCGACGGGAGAGUCUAUGAUUCCUUCACCAUUUACAGAGACUACAGGGAUGUGUUGGCUUGUGUUCAUGAUAGCUGCCCCCCAACAACACUAGCAACAUAGUCAAUCAUUGCAAAGGUGAUUUCCUUAUCUUGUUGGUACAAAAUAAAAGCAUGGAAUCUUUACUAUAAUAUGAUUUUAGUCACGAGAGAAUGUUACACUCGAAGUGAAGUGGUGGUGUUAGAUUUGGUAGAAGAAGCCUCGACACUAUUUGAAUCUCAACUAGUUCCCUAUUGCAACAUGUUUCGGUCACCCGGUUAGAUCCAUUGGCAUUAUUUUUGAGGUGGUUUAAGUUGAACAUCU